AGCGACUUACACAAACACUAAGGUGAAACUCAGUCGUCCAGCCCUUGCUGUAAACGCAUCAUAGCAAUUAGGAAUUAGCAAGUAUGGACAGAAAAAGGAGCAGAGAGGAGAGAGAAAGAGUAGGCGGAGGCGUCGCCGAACCACCGCCCAGAUCCUCCGGUCGCCCUCUUCCGCCGCCUCCCCCUCUUCCAUCGCGAGGCCUACCUGGUCCCCCUCCUCUUCGUGCGCGCUUCCAGCCCGUCGAUCGUGAAAAGACUUGUCCAUUGUUGCUUCGGGUUUUCACCAAGACUGGAGGUCACCAUACCCAAGAAGAUUUUUCAGUGAGAGGCAAGGAGCCCAAGGAUGAGGUCCAAAUAUAUACAUGGAUGGAUGCUACUCUUCGAGAGUUGACUGAUCUUGUGAAGGAAGUAUCUCCAGCUGCCAGAAGACGAGAUGCGAAAUUGUCUUUUGCAGUUGUAUAUCCUGAUAAAAAUGGGCGCAUGCAAGUAAAGAAGGUAGGUGAAACCUUCUCAAAUGCAAAUAAAAGACGGUUAGAUGACAACAAGGCCUUGUCUGAGAUAUACUUCCAGAUUGGAGAUUACUUGGAUGUGUCAAUUGAGUAGAGCGGAGUGGCUGGCUGCACAUGCAUAGUUUUGCCGAGGCACAGAUAGAUGGCUUCUGUUAUUCGUUAAAAAUGGCAUAUAGAGUAAUAGCAGCACGACAUCAAUGCUUAAGCUGUCAUGCCUGCAAGUAAUUCACAUCUCGGCUAUUCCUUUUAGUAGUCUGCUUUUAAGAGUAUGAUUCGUGUUAAUUUCUUGUAUUCUGAUUUUAAGAUUAACAUUAAACUGUUAGCAUUUGUUUCUAUGGCUUGUAAAAGAUGCCUUGAUUAAGUAGUUGAUACGAGCGGUUCAAUGAUCUAUAUGCAAAAUGUAUUCAUUUUCUCA